AUGAUGAAUUCCGUAAAGAUUGUAAUUCUAUGUACUUUGUUCGCUUUUGUGACGUCACAGAAAGAUCCUCAUUUUGCUGACGACAGAAGCGUCAUAGUACAUUUGUUUGAAUGGAAGUGGUCAGACAUUGCAGAUGAAUGUGAAAGAUAUUUAGGUCCUAAAGGAUUUGGAGGUGUGCAGAUUUCUCCCCCAAAUGAAAAUUUGGUAAUAUCUAGCAGCAACCGUCCAUGGUGGGAGAGAUAUCAACCAGUUAGCUAUAUCCUUAACACAAGGUCUGGGGAUGAAGCUGCCCUAGCUGACAUGAUCAGUCGUUGUAAUGCUGUAGAUGUUAGGAUAUACGUUGAUGCAGUUAUAAACCACAUGGCCGCAGGUAGCGGUACUGGAACAGCCGGAAGUAGCAGUGAUGCUGAUAAUAAAAAAUUCCCUGGCGUUUCUUAUGGAUCUGAUGAUUUUCACGCAUCCUGCAGAAUAGAUAAUUAUCAAGACGCCGAAAAUGUAAGAAAUUGCGAAUUGGAAGGUCUUAAAGACUUAGAUCAAAGCCAUGCUUACGUUCGUCAGAAGAUUGUAGAAUAUAUGAACCAUCUGAUUGAUUUGGGAGUAGCCGGAUUUAGAGUGGAUGCUGCAAAACAUAUGUGGCCAGCAGAUUUGGAAGCCAUUUAUGGACAAUUGGAAGAUACUCAAUUUGGUGGAAAACCAUUUAUCUAUCAGGAAGUUAUUGACUUAGGUGGUGAGGCGAUUAAGAAGGAAGAAUACACUGGAUUUGGAACAGUUCUUGAGUUUCUCUUUGGUACAAAAUUAGGAGACGCAUUUCAAGGAAACAACAAGCUUACUUACUUGGAAAAUUGGGGACCAGAAUGGGGUCUUCUUGAUGGUCUUUCUGCAACUGUAUUUAUUGACAACCACGAUAAUCAGAGAACUGGUUCUAGUUCAAUUUUGACUUAUAAAAAUCCAAAACCAUACAAAAUGGCACUUGCCUUUAUGUUGGCUCAUCCGUAUGGUACCACUAGAAUCAUGUCUAGCUACGCUUUUGAUGAUAAAGAUCAACCACCGCCACAAGACGAAAAUCAAAACAUCAUUAGCCCAGGUAUCAAUGAUGAUGAAACAUGCUCCAAUGGAUGGGUGUGUGAACACAGAUGGAGACAAAUUGCUAAUAUGGUAGUAUUUAGAAACACUGUACUUGGAACUGAAAUUAAUCACUGGUGGUCUAAUGGUGACAAUCAAAUUGCCUUCGGUCGUGGUGAGAAAGGUUUCAUCGCCUUUACCAAUGGAGGAGACAUCAAUGAGAAUCUUUCAACUCUUCUACCUGAUGGUUCUUAUUGUGAUAUUAUAACUGGAAAUUUAGAAAAUGGUUCCUGUACUGGUAAAAUGGUGACUGUUAGUGGAGGACAAGUAUCGGUCUCAUUGAGACAAGAUGAGGAAGAUGGAGUUAUGGCUAUACAUCUUGGUGCUAAAUUAUGAACUAAAUAAUUGUAUUUUUAUACUUUUUUGUAUAUUUAUAUUUUACUUUUUAUAUGUUUAUAUUGACUGAAA